AAAGAUCAGAUUCGCUUUAGACUUUGUUGGGCCCGGCCCAGUACCCUCGCCGUCUUUCAUGAACUAUAAAACCCCUACUAAUCUCUUCUGAUCACACCACAAUAAAGAAAACUUUCUUUCUUCUCUCUUUCUCAUUCGUCUCCCGAAUCCGAUUACAAUGUUGCAGUCCAAUCAAGAAGGUCAAAAUUCAUCGAUUUUGAUUAGAGAAGUCUGGGCUUCCAAUUUAGCCUAUGAGUUCUAUCUUAUUCGAGGAGUUGUUGGCAGAUACCCUUUCAUAUCCAUGGAUACGGAAUUUCCUGGAGUUAUUCAUUCACCUCAAGUUGACGCCCCUAACCCCUCUCGCCGCCGUCAACUUCAUCCGAUCGAUUGCUAUAGAUAUUUAAAGGCUAAUGUUGAUGACUUAAAACUCAUUCAAGUCGGUCUCACUUUAACGGACGCUGACGGUAACCUCCCUCAAUUUGGAACCAAUCAAGGUUACAUAUGGCAGUUUAAUUUCUGCGAUUUCGAUCCCGCUCGUGAUCAUCAUAAUCCAGAUUCUAUUGACCUACUGCGCCGUCAAGGUAUUGAUUUCAAUAGCAAUAUUUCUCAUGGUAUAGAUUCUGUCCAUUUUGGUGAAAUGUUGAUGAACUCUGGCCUCGUCUUGAAUAAAGCCGUUACUUGGGUUACAUUCCAUAGUGCCUAUGAUUUUGGGUAUCUCGUGAAAAUUUUGACUCGACAGAACUUGCCCGACAGAUUGGAGGAUUUUCUAUAUGUUUUAAGGAUGUUUUUUGGUGACAAUGUUUACGAUAUCAAACAUAUGAUUCGGUUUUGCAAUGCUUUGUACGGUGGACUCGAGCGGGUCGCCAGUACAUUGAAUGUCGAUCGGGCAGUUGGAAAAUCCCAUCAAGCUGGGUCAGAUAGUUUAUUGACAUGGCACGCCUUCCAAAGAAUGAUGAAUGUCUAUUUCGUUGAUAGUGAAGCCCAUCAACACGCAGGAGUUCUCUUUGGAUUAGAGAUGACAGUUUAGAUUCAAGAAAAAAAUUUGUAAUCUUUGAAUUAGAGAGUACAGUUUAAAUAGAAAUUGUAAUCUUUAGCUUAGAGAGUACAGUUGAAAAAUAGAAAUUGUAAAAAAUGUAUUUGAUAUGAAAAUAUAAUUCUUUA